AUGGCGGCAUUAAAAGGGCAUAAUAGAGCUCAUAUCAAUAAUGAUUUAUCUUUGAUCAUUUAUGGGAUAUAUAGACCAGGUCGUGGAAGUGAUAGUGAAGCAGAAGAUCUUGAGCAUGCUGAAAAGCUUCGUCAAGUUAAAGCAGUACUUGAGGAGGGAGGGCAUUUUUCUGGUAUUUAUAGAAAGGUUCAAUUAAAGCCUCUUAAGUGGGUUAAAGUUCCAAAAAGUAAUGGUGAAUGUGAAGAAGAACGGCCUUUUGAAGCACUGAUGGUUCUUAAAUAUGGAGGUGUCCUUACACAUGCUGGGAGGAAGCAGGCUGAAGAACUGGGCAGAUAUUUCCGAAAUAACGUGUAUCCAGGUGAAGGUACUGGCCUUCUUCGCCUUCAUAGUACAUACCGUCAUGAUCUAAAAAUUUACAGUUCUGAAGAGGGCCGUGUUCAGAUGUCUGCAGCUGCUUUUGCCAAAGGCCUGCUUGACCUUGAAGGGCAACUAACACCGAUCCUGUUGUUAGCAAGGAUUCAUCUAUGUUGGACGGACUUGACAAUGCCAACACUGAGAUGGAAGAAGCCAAGGUUUAUAUCUCUUCUUGCCCUUCAUUUGCCAAGAUAUGCAGAUUUUGAGUCAUGUUUGAAUGAUGACAGAAACAUCCGGGCAUUAUUUGAGCGAGCAUUAAGCUCACUACCACAAGAAGAAUCUAUUGAGCAAACCCUGUUCCUGAAAGUUCCUGAACCUCGGAAAUCACUGUUGAUGUUGGAGUUUGAUCGAGUUGCACAGGAAAGCCUCUGUAAGGUUAGUUGUGGAUCACCAAACAUUUCUGGUUCUGGUUCAUCGAAAUAG